AUGACAGUGUGGAAGAUCAGUUCAGCGCAUUCUACUUUUGGAACUAUGGCUGCAAGUUCAUUAACUGCAACAAAACUAAUCCAAGCAAACCAGAGAUGUGACCUUACCAUUAAGCUUCACUACAACUACACAGGAAAAUCCAUAAAAUGCAAUGGCGAUCAAAUGGAAAAAAACUAGUAUGCUGUUUCUUAUCAUAUGCAGCUUUAUAGUACUGGAAAACCUGAUGGUACUUAUUGCUAUAUGGAAAAAUAACCGAUUCCAUAACAGGAUGUACUUCUUUAUUGGCAACCCUUGCACUUUGUGACUUACUUGCUGGGAUUGCUUAUAUAGUCAAUAUCCUCAUGUCUGGAGCGAAUACAUGUACUAUUUCACUGACAGCAUGGUUUGUCAGGGAGGGCAGUAUGUUUGUUGCCCUGGGAGCAUCCACAUUCAGUUUGUUGGCUAUUGCUAUUGAAAGACAUUUGACAAUGAUAAAAAUGAGGCCUUAUGACGCCAAUAAAAAAUAUCGUGUAUUUCUGCUUAUCGGGACCUGUUGGCUUAUUUCCUUUUCAUUAGGUGCCUUGCCAAUUCUUGGCUGGAACUGCAUUAACAACCUAGACGACUGUUCUACAGUGCUACCUCUCUAUUCCAAAAAGUAUGUUGGAUUUUGCAUUAGCAUUUUCAUAGCCAUCCUGAUAGCCAUAGUCAUCCUCUAUGCGAGAAUCUAUAUCUUGGUCAAGUCAAGCAGCAGGAGAGUCACAAAUCAUAGCAAUUCAGAGAGAUCAAUGGCACUCCUUAGGACUGUCGUCAUUGUCGUGGGGGUGUUUAUUGCCUGCUGGUCUCCUUUAUUCAUCCUUCUUUUAAUUGAUGUAGCCUGUAAAGUUUUGGAGUGCCAGAUACUGUAUGAAGUUCAAUGGUUUAUUGCUCUGGCUGUCCUCAAUUCAGCCUUGAAUCCUCUGAUCUACACUCUGGCCAGCAAGGAGAUGCGACGGGCUUUUUUCCGCUUGGUGUGCAGCUGCUUGGCCAAGUCCAGUACUUCAAGGUCUCUACCAAUUCAGCCAACACCUGACCAAAGCAGGAGCAAAUCUAGCAGUGGCAGUAAUUCCCCCAAACACAAAGGAAUUAUACAAAUAAAUUCUCAAAGCAAAGAGGACAAAAGUGAAUCUUCAUUUCAGAAUGGAACCGUCAUCAAAUGA